AUGGCGCUUCGCGAGUUCAAAGCCCCUGUCAAUUAUGACACCCAACAGAAGGCGUUUGAGGAGUUCCUCACAGGGUUCAAGACGUCACCCGAACAUACAAUUGCGACUGCGAUGGGCGACAUAACCAUAGACGAGGAUGAUCUCAGCGACGAGUAUGACUUUAUGGACGACGACGACGAGGCCGGCGCCCGCCGACAGAAGGAGAAAGAACGUCGGAGGACGCCACAGCACAAGUACAAAGAGGUUUUGCAGCAGCUAGCCGACCGCACGUUGGACGAGAUCACGGUAGACCUAGAUGAUCUUCAUGCAUGGGAAGAUGCGAUGGAUGAGAACCUGCGGCUGGUUGACUCCAUCGAGUUGAACACCAAACACUACGUCGAGAUCUUGUCGCGGGCAGUGGACAAGGUCCUGCCGCCACCAAGCACAGACGUUAGCUUCAAGGAUGACGUUCUCGAUGUCCUCAUGUCACGACGCCAAGCCAGAAACCGUGAGCUUCAAGAGGCAGCGGAGCGCGAUCCAACCGUGGAAGAAGACAAAUUUCCCGCCGAGCUCGUCCGACGAUACACCCUCGUGUUCAAACCCAGGUCCGGUACUACCGACAAUCCCGCCAAAGCACUGGCCGUUCGACAGGUCCGUGGCGACCACCUCGGAAAUCUCAUCACUGUCCGCGCUAUUGCAACCAGAGUUACGGAUGUCAAGCCCAUCGUGCAAGUGAGCGCAUACACUUGCGAUCGAUGUGGCUGUGAAAUCUUCCAGCCGGUCAACGAGAAGCAGUACGGUCCGUUGACCAUGUGUCCAUCCGAGGACUGCAAACAGAACCAGUCCAAAGGCCAGUUGAACCCGUCGACAAGAGCGUCCAAGUUCCUGCCGUUUCAAGAGGUCAAGGUUCAAGAGAUGGCGGAGCAAGUCCCUAUCGGGCAGAUCCCGCGGUCUCUCACCAUCCUCUGCUAUGGCAGCCUCGUCCGCAAGAUCAACCCGGGUGAUGUAGUCGACAUCUCGGGAAUUUUCUUGCCCACACCGUACACUGGCUUCAAGGCGAUGAAGGCCGGCCUACUGACCGACACAUACCUGGAGGCGCAUCACAUUCAUCAGCACAAGAAGGCGUAUAGCGAGAUGAUCAUCGACCCCCGUCUGGUCCGACGAAUCGAAAAGUAUAGACAGACCGGGCAGGUCUACGAGCUGCUCGCAAAGUCUAUCGCGCCGGAAAUCUAUGGCCACCUCGACGUCAAGAAGGCUCUUCUACUGCUUCUCAUUGGCGGUGUCAGCAAGGAGAUGGGUGACGGUAUGAAGAUCCGUGGAGAUAUCAACAUUUGCUUGAUGGGCGACCCUGGUGUUGCCAAGUCACAGCUAUUGAAGUAUAUCUCCAAGGUCGCCCCUCGCGGUGUGUACACGUCUGGUCGCGGUAGCAGCGGAGUUGGUCUCACUGCCGCGGUCAUGCGUGACCCUGUGACGGAUGAGAUGGUCCUCGAGGGCGGUGCCCUGGUCCUGGCUGACAACGGCAUCUGCUGCAUCGACGAAUUUGACAAGAUGGACGACAAUGACCGGACGGCCAUCCACGAAGUCAUGGAGCAGCAGACGAUCUCUAUUUCCAAAGCCGGCAUUUCCACCACGCUUAACGCUCGAACAUCGAUCCUUGCCGCGGCUAACCCUAUUUACGGCCGAUACAACCCUCGCAUUUCUCCAGUUGAGAACAUCAAUCUCCCCGCCGCCCUCCUCUCCCGUUUCGAUGUCCUCUUCCUCCUUCUCGACACUCCGUCGCGCGAGUCUGAUGAGCAGCUCGCCAAGCACGUAGCAUACGUGCACAUGAACAGCCGUCACCCGGACAUCGGCACGGACAACGUUGUCUUCAGCCCCCACGAGGUCCGCUCGUACGUAGCUCAAGCUCGAACUUACCGGCCCGUCGUUCCCGAGUCGGUGUCAGACUACAUGAUCAAGACAUAUGUUCGUCUGCGAGAUCAACAGAAGCGGGCGGAGCAGAAGGGCAAGCAGUUCACGCAUACUACUCCCCGUACACUCUUGGGUGUAGUGCGCCUCGCGCAGGCAUUGGCCCGUCUUCGCUUCAGCAAUCAAGUCUCGCAGGACGACGUUGACGAGGCGCUGCGACUGGUUGAGGCUAGCAAGGAGAGUCUGAACGCCGAGGUUGGCACCGGCCGCAGGGGUCUCAAUGCCAGCAGCAGAAUCUACAACCUUGUGAAGGCGCUGGCUGAUUCGGGUGCUUGCCGAGCCGACGAUGCGGACGAUGAGGAGGAUCUGGGCGUGGAGUUGAGCAUGCGAAAGGUCAAGGAGCGUGUCAUUGCCAAGGGGUACACUGAAGAUCAGUGGUUGAGCGCCCUGGAAGAGUAUACCACUCUGGACGUGUGGCAAACUGCUGGAAACGGCUCAAGGCUGGUGUUCGUCACGGCUGGCAACGAAGAUCAAGAGGACGAUAUGGACGAGUAG